UGAAGAUCCUCUGUGUUGCUGAAAAACCGUCCAUAGCCAAAGAGGUGGCUGGGAUCCUCAGCGGGCGGUCAUUUCGGACCAGAAAGAGCAAAAACAAGUACAUUAUGAACUACGACUUCUCUUACCGCUUCCCAAUCCAUGGCGCUUGUGAGGUCACCAUGACCUCAGUGCUAGGCCACCUCACAGGCAUUGACUUCCCGCCACCGUUCCAGUGGGGCAAGUGUGUCCCUGGGAGACUCUUCGACGCUGACAUCGUCGAAAAGGUGCUCAAACAGGACGUCUACGACAACAUCGCCAACGAGGCAGCCAAAGCCCAGCUCCUCAUGAUCUGGACCGAUUGCGAUAGAGAGGGCGAGUACAUCGGAUACGAGAUCUACACUGCCGCUAGAAAAGGUAACCACAGCCUCGAGAUCGCCGCCAUCUGGCGUAGCAAGUUCUCCCAUCUCGAACGCAACCACGUCAUUGCAGCCGCCAACAACCCCAUUGGCUUGGACAUGAAGUCGGUAGAGGCAGUGGCGUGUCGCCAGGAGGUAGAUUUCCGGGUGGGAACCAGCUUCACCCGGUUGUUGACCGAUGGUUUGCGACAACAUAAGAUCAUUGAGCAAAAAGAGGUGGCUUCGUACGGAACAUGCCAAUUUCCCACCCUUGGCUUCAUUGUGGACAGAUACCGUCGUGUCAAAUCAUUUAUUCCCGAGCAGUUCUGGUACUUGGCGGUGGAGGUCAAGCAUGAAGGCGUGGCUGCGUCGUUCAGCUGGGUGACUGGCCAUCUCUUCGACAGGUUGUACGUGUUGAUACUAUACCAGCAGUGCCUCGAGCACGACCAGGGAACCAUCACCAAGUUGGACCUGAAAAGAACAACAAACUGGCGGCCGUUGCCCCUCACCACCGUUGAGUUGCAAAAGGAUUGCUCGAGGCUAUUCAAAAUGAGCGCCAAAAAUUCACUUGCAGCCGCUGAAAAGUUAUACAACAAGGGUUUCCUCUCGUAUCCGAGAACUGAGACCGAUUCGUUCCCUGCCAGCAUGGAUUUUAGUGGUACCUUACAGAAACAGGCCCAAGACUCCAGAUGGGGACUGUACGCUUCUGGUCUUGUACAGAAUGGAUUCCAGACGCCACGAAACGGGAAAUACGAUGAUAAGGCGCAUCCUGCGAUUCAUCCGGUCAACUAUGUGGAUAUUAGCUCCCUUUCCUCGCCAGAUGAACGCAAGGUCUACGAGUAUGUGGUUCGGAGGUUUUUGGCCUGUUGCUCCAAGGAUGCGGUGGGCCAGCAGACAACAGCCACCUUGAAAUGGGGCGAUCAAUUCUUCACUGCUAGCGGGCUUGUGGUGUUGGAAAAGAACUAUUUGGACAUUUACACGUACAAAAAAUGGGAGACCACUAAACAGUUGCCCAACUUGACGGAGGGUCAAACCAUAAGCAUUUCUAGUGGGCGAAUGAAGGAUGGCAAAACUAGUCCACCCAAGCAUAUGACUGAGCCUGAGCUUAUUGCCUUGAUGGAUGCUAACGGGAUCGGAACCGAUGCCACCAUAGCUGACCAUAUUGAAAAGGUGCUAUCGCGAGGGUACAUCAUGAAACAAAAACAGGCGUCCGUGGAGUACAUCAUCCCAUCGGACCUUGGCAUGGGGCUUAUUGAGGGCUUAGACGCCAUGGGGUUCGAUAACAUCUCCCUUUCCAAGCCUUUCAUGAGGAAACAAUUGGAGGAACUCCUUCAGGAGAUAGUUGUGGGCACCAAAACCAAGCCCGAAGUGUUGGGAGACAUCAAGCACAUUUAUAGACAGGCCUACGCUGUCACCUCUCGCAACAUGGCCGCACUCGCACGUUCGUGCACCGACAUCAUGGCACGUACCUGAAAGUAUAGUCUGCAUAACUGAAUAAUAAUUACGUAAGCACUUAGUAAGCGCACU